ACCACAGCAAAAGAGCAUGCAGUCUACUUGUGGGUGUGAAGAACCAUGGACAUUUCAUAUGUGGGUUUAUGAGUUUCCUGAUCAGUGAAGUAACAACACAGCCCUCAUAACUGGAGCUCAGACAGUCAUCAGAUCAACGAAGAAUAAAAAACAGAAGAGACAAUGACUGCAGAUGAUUUUGAGGAUUAAAAGCCACUACUGAAAUGAAUAUAAUGGGUAGCAUCAGUGUGUUUAUUCUGCUGAUUCACUACACACCUAUGUGCUGGACUUUCCUGCCCGACUUCUGGUCUCGUGUGCUGACGUUGUCGUGGGACUCUUAUACACACCAGUACAUGACAAAGCAGGCUCUACACAAUGUCACCAUGGAGACUAUUGCCAUGAUGCCUGAGCACUUUGAAGUUCACGAGCAGGUUAACCUGGGUCGGACAUUUUGGAUAUCCAUUGGUGAGGUAGUCCGUGCCAACGCUGAAAUGGACUUCCAGAGUUCUACACGAUCUGACCCGGUGUAUCACUUUGAUUCAGAGCGAGUCGAAGAAAGCAUGAAGAUGAUGCGGGACUUUUGGAAGCAGGCAGUGCUGUUGACUCGGAAGAAGGAUUAUCAGGGAGCCAGAUAUAUAAUGGGACGGCUCCUCCAUGGCUUACAGGACUUUUAUAGCCACAGCAACUGGGUGGAAAUGGGACAGCAUUCUGAGUACCUUCAUCUGUUAGACCCCAAUGAGCCGAGCAUACCUGUAGCUUCAGAGUUCACUCCUACCUGUGCUGCAUGUCAUCGAUUCAUUUGUUAUAAUAAUUUGUUGGAAGAGCUUGUCAGGGGUGAAAUGCAGCCUCUUCUGACUACUGGAUAUUUUGGCACUUACCCAGCAAAACCUAUAGGGAAGUGCAGCCAUGGGGGUAUUUUGGACAGUAGUCGUCACCAGGCAGCUGAGGGUGGCAUUAAUAAGGACAGCACAUCCCCUCUCUUCUCCCCACACCACUUCCUUCACAAAGAGGCUGCACAGCUUGCCUCCAAGGCAACCGUCAGAGUGCUCCGUGACCUCAGAGAUGAGGUGGGGCCCAAAAACUUCCUCAGGUUGCUAAACGUUAAACAGCCUCCAGCCCUGGUGUUUGUCAUGGACACUACUGGUAGCAUGUUUGAGGAGAUCACAGCUGCUCGUCUCCGUGCCUUGUCCAUCAUUCAGGCACGAGCGAGUAAUCAGGAACUUGGGCUUCCUGGCACUUUUCUACUCAUCCCUUUUCAUGACCCAGGUGUAGGCCCAGUUAUGGAGACAGAUGACCCCAAUGAAUUCCAGGAGUUCAUGGAGAAUUUAAUGGCUCUUGGUGGAGGAGAUGAACCAGAGAUGUGUCUAUCUGCUGUUCAGCUGGCUCUCAUCCAUAGUCCCCCUCUGUCUGAGAUUUUUGUUUUCACCGAUGCAUCCCCUAAAGACAGCCACUUGUACAACACAGUCAAAGCUCUCAUUUUGGAAAAACAGAGCAAGGUGACCUUCCUGUUAACUGAAGACCCAAGUCAAAAAGACACCAUAACCAGACGGAGGAAGCGGAGAGAAACCCUGUCUUCUGACAGAUUUUCUUUGUAUUCCUCUCUGUCCUCCUUAUCUGGAGGGAUGACCAUCUUCACCACUAACAGAGAUAUUCAGAAAGCUUCAGCCAUCAUGGAAGACAGCACCACUUCCAGCAAGGUGACUCUGUUUCAUGCAGAAAGUGAAGCAAAUUCAUCACAUUCCUUCACUAUUGACAAAGCAGUCAGUUCUGUAAAGCUCCAUAUUGCUGGAAAACUCACACACUGUGUCCUCAUCAAUCCUACAGGUGUUUAUCAGUCUCUUCUUAAUGAAGCAGGUCCUUUGGGUGAGCUGUAUCAGUCUGAGGGUCUGUACCGAGUCAGGCUUCUACCGCCGAUAGAACCUGGUCAAUGGAAGCUCAAUGUCAUAUCACACAGACCAAUCACAUUAAAUGUCUUAGGAGAAAGCACACUGGACUUUUUCUAUUACUUUGCAGUAGAGGCAAAUGAGACUCAUCCAGGGCUGCGUAGAUUAGAAGGCAGUCCUAUUGCAGGUGUACCAGCAUUCUUAGUGGUAGCUGUAACAGGCCUGUCUACCAGUGAUGAAGCAAUUUUUAGUCAUGUGACCUUGCUAGGCUCCAAUGGGGAAAGCUUUCAGAAGAUAUUACUAAAUUCCUCGACUUCCAACUGGUCAGGAGAGGAGCUGGUGGGCUUCAUUGAGUCAGUACCCAGGAAGCCCUUUAGUGUGCGACUCUGUGGGAAAGACCGAACUGGCAAUGAACUUGAGAGAGUUUCCACUGAAAUGGUUCAGCCCACUUAUGUACAUAUUAUGAUUCUCUCAGCACCUCAUCUUCUUCCAGGCCAUCACUCCACAGUUUUGUUUGAAGUGUUUAACAAUGGUCCUGCUCGUCAUUUUAUAGUGACUGCUGAAGAUGACCGUGGCUUUCUUUCACAUGGCAAACACCACAGGUUGUUUAUUGGAGAGAGAGGAUCUAUGAGGGAGGAGGUCAAGCUGAGGACUCCUCACUCCACCCAAUUAGGUCAGACAUUGACAUUGACACUGACAGUCCAGGCAUGUGACUCGCCAGAUGCAAACUAUGCUAUUGUAUAUCUUCUGGUUUUACCAGAGGAUCCUGACACGUCUCCUCCAUCAUGUUCUUUGAUGCGUGUGAAGUCAGACUGUCCUCCCCUUCCUCAAUGUUUUCUUGGUAACUGGAGUGUCUUCCUGACAGUGAAGGAUAGGGGUCACUCAGGCCUGGCUAGCAUACAAUUGGUUGUAGGACAGGGUACCCUAAUGAUUCUCUAUGAUGAGGCCACUGGGAAAAAUAAAAACUCUAUGAUGCAGCCCCAUGAGGAAACAUAUGUAAGCCCCCUGAGACAGAUCCAUGAUGAAGAAAUGAGGCAUCAGCAGAGACACUCAGCACAGCUUAAGCAGAGAACUUACAGACCAGCAAAAGACACAUUAGUGUUGGGUGACCCUCCAGUGAACAUUAGUGAAUGGGCUGAGAAAAAGCACAUAACGCUUUACUAUACAUCCGACUGCUGUGUUCCUCAGGCAGAGUUGGUUGUGUGGGAUGGAGCAGGCAAUAUGAGAAACUGCAGCCUGACAGCCAGCCAACAGAGGGCACUAAGAGAGAAAAACAAUGCAAGUGGUAUCACAUAUAGGCUUCUCAUUCUACUUUCAUGGACCGUGUUAGGACUGGAAACAAGUUGUACAUAGCAGGGAUAAAAUUUCACCCCAAAGUGCUUUAAAAUAAGUUAAAUAGAUUAAAAUACAAAAAAAUUAUUAAUGUGUAACAUGGUAGCCAAAUGCAUACUGCAACAGCUUCAGUUCAGUUUCUUCUGGGUUUCCUCUGGGUUCUCUGGUUUCCUUUGAUCUCUUAGAAAACAUGCCAGUAGGUGUGAAUAUGCAUGUGCAUCUUAUCAAGAUUGAAAUAAUGUAAAUUCAUUUGAAUUCCCUGUGUCGAUUACAUGUUUCCCUUCUUUAAAUAAAUACAUUUCUAUUUUUAAAUGAAAAGUAACUAAAAUACAGUUUUUAAAUAUUAUUUUUGGCCAAAUAACAUGUUUAGUUUGGAGAUUUACAUAAAAAAGAUAUGAUUAAAAAAAUCUGUAGUUGAAAUUUUAAAUGUUUUAUGGUCUUUUUUUUGUUCUCUAUUUAUUUUUAAAUUUUAUGGGUUUAUCCUCGAAUAAAUGUCAAAUGCUAAAAAAUAGCUUAUCUGGUGAAACUGGUAGAGAACCUUUGCCAGCUGGUGAGUUAUUUCCAGCUUAUUUAUCAUUUUACAAAAUUGGUCAAUAAAUUAUUGAGACU